AUGAAUGAAUGCAUGAAAUCAGAGUUAGAUUUAUUUGCAACUCCGCCAAUACAAACCAAUAUUUUAAAAUCUGAGGAGGUGUCAUACAAUCCCAUUGCUUCUCUGGAUAACCCUUCAACAAUAGAAUUUGUUUCGUUGGGUCACGGCGACACCUACAGGGAUUUAUCUUCAACAUACAUAAAACUCAAAGUUCAAAUUUUGAAAAAAGAUGGAACAGCAUGGCAUGAUGAUAAAGGUGCAGAUCAGAAAACAAUUCAACAACCGAGUGUGGUUAAUAAUAUUUUGCAUUCUCUGAUUAAGCAAUGUAACGUACAACUUAAUGGUAAAAAUAUUACUCCAUCAGAUGGAAAUUACCAUUAUAGAGCUUAUAUUGAAUCUCUAUUAAAUUAUGGAACUGAUGCUGCAACUACUCAUUUAGAAUGUGCUGGAUGGAUUUUAGAUAAGCCGAAUAUAGCUAGAUCUGACAAUACUGGUUCAAAGGAACGUCAAAAACUAUAUCAUAAUAGUAACGUUGUUGAGCUUAUGGGAAAACUUCAUGUGGAUAUGUUUAAUCAACCCACUCAUUUAAUAAAUAAUGUGGAUAUUCGAAUUCUUUUUACAUUAGAAAAACCAGAUUUCUUUCUAUUUGCGGAUGACUCUGAUGAAUCACAAUUUAAAAUUGUAGAGGCUAAAUUAUUUAUGCGGCAUGUAACAAUAAAUCCUAGUGUAUUGUUAGCUCACAAUGCCGUUCUAGAAAAAUCAAAUGCUAAAUAUCAUUAUAAAAGAGUGGAAGUGAAAAAUUUUACUAUCCCCAGUAAUAGUUCGUCAAUUUCGCUAGAUAAUGUUUUUAUUGGCCAAUUACCAAACACGAUUAUUUUUUGCAUGACUGAAAAUGCAGGGUAUUCGGGAAAACGAUCAAAAAAUCCAUACAAUUUUAAGCAUUUUGAUAUUUCACAAUUCAUGCUCUAUGUUAAUGGUGUGCAAGUACCAAACGCUGCCAUAGAAACAAGUUUUUCUGAUGAUAAUAAUUGCAAUGCAAGAGCUUAUCAUACAUUAUUCUCUGGAACAGGAAUUUAUCAUAACGAUAGAGGACAUCAAAUAACAAAAUCUAUGUUUGCAAAUGGUUUCUUUUUAUUGGCUUUUGAUUUAACACCAGAUGCAUCGGGUAAUGAAAUUUGCCAAGGUUUACUUAAUCAAGGAACUAUAAGAAUCGAAGCAAGAUUAUCAAAACCAACUUCAUCUACAUUAACAGCACUUAUUUAUGGAGAAUUUGAUUCCAACAUUCAAAUAGACAAAAAUCGCAAUGUCUACACAAAUGUAUAA